AGGGAAUGUCAAGUACAGAGCAUGACUCGGAGGUAGGUCUGCUGGCAACACAAACAUCUAUCUGAAGGAGGUUUUCGGGUCCACAGGACAUAAAAGCAAGUUGUCCUUCUACCGUACCCCUCAACUUUUUUUCUAGAGUCCAUCUCACAUCUUACAAACAAUGCGUCUCUCCUUCAUCCUCGCCGUUGCUGCUGCUUUCAAGUUGACAGUGUCUAUGCCACUUGUCAGUGAUGAGAGUGACUGUCCCUUCUACUGCGGCAGCAGCGAAACUGUUUGUUGCUCCAAUGCUCUAUGUGAGCCGAUGAGGAAUGAAGAGGGUGUAGUGAGUAUGAGUAGUUUUCAUCUAACCUCGCGGCUUACCGGCGUGGCAGCCUCUCUUGUUUGUGUGUAUGAAUAUCGACUGACCCACCGAGUUACACAAACUACACUGGAAAACUACCUUAUCAUAUAUCAUGUACAUUACGUACAGCUCGACGCACGUCCGCACCAUUAUUCAUGAAGUACUAUGCAUCGCAUCUGGUCGUGCGAGGUUAUGUUUUGAUGACAGAGUCUCCUUGAUGGUGACGUCACGCGUCUUACAAGCCAAGUUUUCUGUCUUCCCAGCUUCAUCCCAAAUUUGAUCACAGCUCCAGGAAUCGUCGUGUCACCUAUCCCAAAC